UUUACCCCUGUUAUUCAUGCUACGUAGGACACACAGCAUUACGUUGAAGUACCUGCUAACAAUAUGGUAUCAGUGAGCGAACGCGGCGAAUCAGCUCUGCGAGAGAUAUUUCAAGCCACCGUUCCUGCAGGUGCAGGAGAAUUUGUAUCGACCCUCAGCUCUGAAGUGUACUGGAAAGACUUGCCCGCCUUGAGAAGACUUCCCGAUCUGAUCGAGAUUGUGAUAGUCCUGCUUGGUGACCACGUGAAGCGCGAAAUAAUCGGCUCCGCCCUUGGAUGCUCGGCCUCAUACCUGAAAGGUCUCGAUCCAAAAUUCUUUUCAGCGGUAUGUACAAGUGCGACGAAAUUGCACCAGCCCAAACUCCUCUGGAAAGAGGCUACGGGGGCAACACCACAAGAAAAUCAAGAGGCUGUGGGGGAAACAGGACGAGAGGAUCAAGAGGCUGUGGGGGAAACAGGACAAGAGGAUCAAACCAAGAAAGGUAUGUGAAUCAUGACUGUUGUGCAAGAAAGAUAAAAGCUGAAACUA